UUGCAACUUCACGUAAUGAUGGAUAACUAGCAACAUGAGCAAUUAAGAGAAAAAAUACCUCAGAACAGAACAAAGAAGAAAUUAAUAUGAAUAAUUCUUUAGAAAACAGAACCCUAUAAAUGGCGACGACAGGUGUCAAUACCACACUCAAAACGUUUUUUCACUUAGUUUCUUUUUCAUCGUUACUAAAUGCAUAUCGCAUUUGCAGGUAAUCUUUUGUAUAAAUUCUUAUUAAACACUCAUUCGCAUUUGUGUACUUUUGAUUUCUUUAGUAUUUUUUCUAUUAAUUGCUCAUGUUGCUAGUUAUCCAUCAUUACGUGAAGUUGCAACGAAUGAUGAAGAAAGUGACAAUGAUUUACAAUUAGAACUUCGUUCGAUUUUAAAUCAUCUUGAUAAUGAACAAAUGGAACGAUCUAUUGCAUCAAGUAAGGAUGAAGAUAGUCAAGAAGAUGAUUCUGAUCAAAAUGAACGUGCGAUGAACAAACGACAAGGGGGUUAUAAUGUAAUUAAUCAAGAUCUUAAAUGUGAAAUCGAAUGUGUUGGUAAAUUACGAAAUCCUGAAACAGGUCAAGGAAUGUCAGUUAAAGAAGCAACUAAAGCUUGUAAAAACAUCUGUGCUUCUCCAAGCAAAAAACGGGAACAGAAAAAAGCCAUUGUACAACAAAAGGAACAACGUCAUCAAAGGAGUUUACGUGACUCACACUGA